AAAAUGGCUGAAUUACAAAAUUCAAAUAUUUUAUUUUUAGUUCUCAUUUCGUUCAUUAUUGGCGUUGUUAACUGUCAAAAUGGAGUUCUUCCACUCGUCAUAAAUACCUGGCCAUUUACAGCAGCUACUGGAAAAGCUUGGGAUGUGAUUGCCAACGAGCAUAGAAGUGCAUUAGAUGCCAUAGAAGAGGGCUGUUCAGUAUGUGAGGUGCAACAAUGUGAUGGCAGUGUAGGUUAUGGAGGGAGUCCUGAUGAACAUGGUGAAACUACACUUGAUGCGAUGAUCAUGGAUGGGAUCACACAUGAUGUAGGAGCUGUAGGGUCCAUCCGCAGUGUUAAGAGUGCAAUAUCAGUCGCUAGAGCAGUGAUGCAGUACACUACACAUACACUACUGCCACAGAGUUUGCAGUGGACAUGGGAUUCACAAGAGAGAGUCUCACAACCAACCAUUCUAAACAGCAAUGGAAGGAUUGGCAGGAUAAAGAGUGUCAACCUAAUUACAGACAGAAUGUGAGUCCAGACCCAAGCAAACAAUGUGGACCAUAUAAACCAAUAAAGAGAUUAAAUAAAGCAGUUAAAUAUGGUAAAACAAAUGAAUUGAGUAACAGAUAUAGCAGAGACAUAAAAAGAACCAAUCAUGAUACCUUAGG